UUUCUUUAAACGGAGCUCCUCCCACUGCUCUUUAAAGUCUUCUUGGUGGAAAAUGAAAAAGAAAUGGAGCUUCAUACCCUUUAAACAAAUUACAAUAAGUUGAUUGAGUUUGAACAGUUUCACCAACAAAUUUGUGUGAUGCUGUUUUGUCUUGAAUUGGGGGGGGGAAUGGCAACUGUUUACAUAAAGUGGGUAAAUGAAAACCUUCCAGAGACAGGACAGGUUAGUGCUGACACAGUAAGUGAGACUGAGUAUAUCAGGACUUGCAGGAUUCUCAGACAUGCUCUCAGUUCACCACUCCUUCUGCCUCAGCCUCCAUCCCUGCUCAUCCUUCCUCCACUCCUCUUGUGUGUCCUGAAUGCUGUCCAACAGGCUCGACCGCCUGCACUGCCUGCAACUGACUUUGGAUAGGAUCAGCUGUUUGUGUCUGCCUAUAUGCAUAAAUGUGUGGCCCACUGUUUCUGUGGGUGUUUCCCUGACAUUCUCUCUGCAACACUUUCAUGCAAUCAAACACUCGAGUGACUUUAGGACCCAGUGAGAGACAGGGGGCGCGGCAAUAUUUUUAAUCUGACCACAGAACCUGUUAGCUUACUCUUGCUUCCUCUAAGACAAAUCAUUCGUUCCCUCACAAUAGUUCCUUGAUGUGAGAGUGAGCAAUAGAGAAGUGCUCCGUGUAGCAGCAGCAGCAGAAGUGCCACAGCCCUGGACUUAAACUGUGACAGCUCUACUCCAUGACCUGUGGACCAGGACCUUUGUGUCCUGACAUGCCUGUGAAAGGUGUCCAAUCCCAGGCAGUGUACAGCCAGCAAUGGAGCAGCAGGCCUGGAUACUGAGGGGCUUCCUGGCUCAGCUGGAGAGACAGGAGGCUGUUGACAAGGGGGCACUGAAUGGCAUUGCUGGGGAGUUUGCGAGGUUGAAAAAUCAGUCAACGAAGUAUCGCACUGACAAGACCUACCCCACAAAGACAGCAGAAAAACAGGAAAACAUCAAGAAGAACCGAUACAAGGACAUUCUACCCUUUGACCACAGCAGAGUAAAGCUCACUCUCACCACAGCUAAAAAUGACACAGACUACAUCAACGCCAGUUUCAUCAAGGGAGUGUCGGGUUCCAGGGCUUACAUUGCUACUCAGGGUCCUCUGCCACACACAGUAGUGGACUUCCUGAGGAUGCUUUGGGAAUACAACAUACAGGUCGUAGUGAUGGCCUGUCGAGAAUUUGAGAUGGGGAAGAAAAAAUGUGAGGUCUACUGGCCUCAGAAACAACAGGAGUCAUUUGUUUGCGAACCUUUUACAGUUAACUGUGUCUCUGAGGAAAAUAAAGGAGACUAUCUGUCAAGGACGUUAAGGUUGACUUACCGCAACUCUAGUCGAACUCUGAAGCAGCUUCACUAUGUCAACUGGCCAGAUCAUGGUGUCCCAGACUCCAUCCCUCCCAUUCUAGACAUGUUGAAUGAGAUGCGUUCCCAUCAAGCCCAUGAUGACAUCCCUAUUUGUAUCCACUGCAGUGCUGGUUGUGGUAGAACAGGAGCCCUCUGUGCCAUCGAUUACACCUGGAAUCUCCUCAUGAAACAGAUGAUCACUUCAGAUUUCAGUAUCUACAGUUUAGUUGAAAACAUGAGAACCCAGAGGCCCUCUUUGGUUCAAACCAAGGAACAAUACGAGCUGGUCUACAGAACCAUCAAGCUACUGUUUGAGAGAUAUUUGCAGUCCAUGGAUGCACAGACCUGCCAGAAUGAGGUGACAAUGGUCCAGUCUGCUGCCAUCACUGACAGCGAGUUAUGUGACCCUGAAGAGUUUGAUUUGAUGCCACAGUUCCAGCACCUGCUCGACGAGGAGAGGGAAGCUCUACCACAGCACUUCACUCCUUUGCCCUCUGCUUCAGAAAAUCUCAUUGCGUUGAAAAGCAAGGACUUGCAGUGGGACCAGCAACAGUGGCACCUACUCCAGACCCUUCCUAAGGAUCUGGCUAUGUUCCAGGAACUCAGUGAGGGACCCAGGACCUCACCUAAACUGGUGGAUACAAGCCCAAGAGCUCCUUUCAUCGAGGAGAGGAUACAGGAGAACAAUGACAUACCAUCACUGAACCCUCCUCCUUCACAAGCUGUGGCUACAGCCAUUUGUCUGAUGGUGGAGGACCCCUACUUUGACACUCCUGUGAGCUCCCCUUUGUCAGAGGAAGCACCUAUACACCCCACAGAAGACUCCAAACAGUGGACAGUUAGUCCCAUCUUCAGCUUACCUUCAUUGAUUCUGAAUGACCAGACUCUGGAGCUUAACUCUACUACCUCAGGUACUACUAAAGCUCAUUCUGGUGAGGAGAUGCCUCCUCCACUACCUGAACGAACCCCAGAAUCCUAUGUGCUGGCGGUGGAUGCAGCGGCCUCAGAUCCCAUUGAAAGGUUAUCGGUUAUUAUUCCACCCAAUGCUGCAGCUGCGGCUGUCAGGGAGUUGGGAGGCAGCCCUCCAUCACCUGUCCCCCCGCUUCCAGAGAGAACCCCAGAAUCAUAUGAGUUGGCUGUUGAUCAAGCUCCUGUGGAGCAAAAGUCAGAGGUCACACCAACAGUAAAUCUGAGCAGAUUAGGAUUGUCUUCUGAAUGGUGCGGGGCCUCAAAGCUAGCUGCCACUAGUUAUGAGGAAGAGACGAAACCUUUUGUGAGGAGUAAGAGUCUGAGAGCAAAAAUGACCUUCACAGCUCUAGUACCAACAAAAUACUGUGAUCUCGCACCAAACACGACCUCAAACUUCCACCACUGCUCUGUGCCAGUGGACCCAGUGACUCCUCCACAGCCUCUUCAAACUGAGGAUAGACUGACACCCCCCAUUCCAGAGAGAACCCCAGAAUCCUUCGUUCUCACCACAGAAGAGAUUCAUGAGAAAACCCUCCUUUGCCCACGGGCCUUAGAAGCGACAAAGUCCUUACCGAGGGUGGGCAUGUCGUCUGAGUGGGAUGGCACCUCUCAGCCCAAGAACUUAUUUGAUGCUGUAAUGAGCAGGAGCAAGAGUGUUCGAGCUAAAGGUCCAAGACAAGUAUCCUUCACCGCAGCAGAGCAGCUCGCUACACCUCCUGUGGUCACAGCUGAAGGAGGAAGUGUGGAACAACAUGAUGUGAACCGCAGACCCUCCUUGAACGCUGAGAUGUCAGGAAACAAAUCAGACAAAAGCACUGACAAGGGCAUGUCUAGAACAAAGAGUCUGAAAUUUUUUAGACACAAACCAAAACCUAAAACAGCACCUCCACCUCCUCCUGCUCAACCUGGAGCUCCAUCCCAAUCAAACAGCGCCUCAUCUUCAGUGUUCAAAUUUGGAUUUGGGAACCGUUUUGGGAAACCAAAAGGCCCCAGGACUUAUCCAGAGACCUGGGUCUGAGGCAGUCACUUAUUUCCAAAUAUCAUGAGUGGAGCUGCUAAUGAUGGUCAAAAUGAUACAUUGCAUUAGUCAUAUGAUCGCUCCCAGUAGACCUGAAAAGCACUGAAAGUUGCCUCUCUUUGUCUCAGGAAGAACUAACCAUCCAAAGGACCACAGUAGCGCACCCAGCAGAGAACAAACAACAAGCCCCUUGUUACCUGCUUUGAUCCAUUAUGUACAAUUUAUGAACCGAGGCUGAUUUUAAUUAGCGACAUGGGCUUCAUCAAACAACACGGACAGCCACCCAGACCAGUGACUUGAACGUUUGAAAACUCAGGAGUCUCAACCUCUUCAAAUAUUUGCCUGCAGAAGUGGUCAGCCUGCAGUGAGAGUGUUUUACACUUCUUGUUUUAAUGCUCAACGCGAUGCUGUUAAGCUUGGUGUACGAGGAAUAUAUUUAGACAUGUAUUUGUGUGCCUUUGUGCUUCAGCAUGAAAAAAGAAAACGGGUAUAGGAUUGCUUCGAUUUCAUCAUCACGUCAGUUUUUCUGUUAUAAAGACAACAGACUUUACAUCACUCACUGUACCAUGCGUGUCACACGUCAACCCGUAUAUUUAAAAGCAUCAACAGCACCUUGAACUGUUGUCUUCAGGUACAGAGAAUGUAAUGUAUAUUGAAUAUGCAUGUGAUGGAACGGUACAGUUAAACUGUAUAACAUACACUGGUUACACAUGAAAUUAUUUAUUAAAAAAUACUGAAAGUCAA